ACGCUUCUGCCCAUAUUCUGGGUGUAAGUCUGCGGUGAGGAACACUGGCCGAUGCUGAAAUACAGAACUCUGACGAGAGGGAUCAAGACUGUCCAUAACGAGCUCAAGUUCGGUAACGAUGCCCGUCUGUCUAUCUUGAGAGGUGCGUCCAAGCUCCACGACGCCGUCGCCAUUUCAUUGGGACCAAGUGGGCGUAAUGCGCUCAUAGAGCAGGUGUACAACAUGCCCAAGAUCACCAAGGAUGGUGUGUCGAUUGCGGAGGAUGUCGGGCUGUCCGACAAGUUUGAGAGCCUCGGUGCUGAGCUGCUGAAGGAUAUCACUCAAAAGGCCAACUCAGAAUCCGGGGACGGUACCACCAGUAGUACGGUGCUUGCGUACGUAAUUCUGAAUGAAUCCAUCAAGAAGGUGAGUUCCGGCUGUGAUGCGAACGCCAUUAGACGAGGUGUCAUGCUAGCCACUACAGCUGUUGUGGAGCAUCUGGAGUCGCUGAAGAGACCUGUCACUGAAGGUGAUGAGCUGAAACAAGUUGCCGUGAUCAGUUGUAAUGGUGAUGAGAAACUGGGUUCCCUGAUCUCUGAUGCGAUCCAGGAGGUUGGUAAAGAUGGUAUAAUCACUGUUGAAAGUGGCAGUAAGCUUGUAGAUGAGCUGGAGGUGAAAAGGGGUCUUCGCUUCAACGAAGGGUUCAUCAACGCAAAUUUUGGUGAUGUGAAGAAUCCAAGUGCCAAAGUUGAGCUUGUGAAUCCGUUGAUCUUGCUGCAAAAGGGUGAAUUGAGAAACUCACAACACAUACUUCCUGCACUGUCUCACGCUCAGCGUGAGGGAAGACCACUGCUGGUCAUUGCAGAUGACUUUGGUGGAGAUGCCAUGGCUAUUGCAUUGCUGAAUAAGCUUAGAGGCCAGGUGAACGUUGUUGGUGUUCGUCCUCCUGGCUUUGGUGAUGCCAGGGCAGACUAUUUCGGGGAUUUGGAAGCUGCUACUGGUGCAACGCUGGUAGAUAGGGACCAAGGUCUGGUGGCCAGUACUGCCUCUAAAGAAGUCUUUGGAAGUGCAUCAUCAGUGACUAUUUCUCCAACAGAAACUGUGAUUGUUGAUGGUAAGGGCGAUCCUUCCAGAAUUGCUGAGCGUGUUGAAAUCAUCAGAGCCAGAUUAGAAGAUCAAUCAUUAGCUGUUGGCGACAGACAACAGCUGAACGAGCGUCUUGCCAAGUUGACCUCAGGUGCUGCUGUUGUUCGUGUUGGAGGUGGAUCUCAAUUGGAGGUUAAGGAGAAGAAGGACAGGCUGGACGAUGCUCUGGGAUCAACAUAUUCCGCAUUGAAAGGUGGUAUUGUCCCUGGAGGUGGCAUUGCUCUCUAUAAAGCCUCUAAGGUGCUCGAUCAUCUCAAAGCUGAUGACAUCUCAUUCGAUACCAAAGUUGGCAUUGAGAUCGUCCAGAAGGCCCUGAGUGCACCAUUUGAGAGGAUCUUGAGCAAUGGAGGUCUCGACCUCUCAUCUCUCAAAUCGAAGAUUGCUGACGGGGAUUUCAGCUUUGGUGUCAAUGCCCGCACCGGUGAAGUCGUCGACAUGUACGAAGCUGGAAUUGUUGAUCCAUUCAACACCGUUAAGAGCUCAUUGGUGAACGCUGCUGGUGUCACCUCUCUUCUCGCCACUACGGAGGUGGCAAUUGUAAGAGUUCUCGGUAAUAUUGAGGGCUUUGAUGGCCGUUAGAUUCCUUUUAAAUAGUCUAUGCGAUAACUGUAUAUAUACAUCAGCAAAAAAAAAAAAA